UACCUUCUCUAAAUUUCAGAAAGAGCUCUUGUUUGCUACCUAAUCAUACCUUCAUUACUCAUCAACAAAUAUGGCUGCAUCAAACGGAGUAACGUCAAGUCCUGUUAACAGUCAGAACUCUGCACUGUCUGGCAGCAAACGAAAUCAGGUUAUGGUUGGUGAACUACCAUCUGAUUUUCUCCGCACUGGACCUGCCCUGACCCAAGAACAGGAGGAUGAAAGAAUUGCCAGGGCAUUACAGGCACAACAACAAGCUGGUCAUGUCAUGUCCUCAUCUAACUUUGCUGGUCGGUUGAGCAUUUCUGUUGUACAGGCAAAGCUGAAUAAAAAUUAUGGGAUCACCAAAAUGGACCCAUAUUGCAGAGUUCGUAUUGGGCACACAGUGUUUGAGACCCCAACAGCUUACAAUGGAGCUAAAAAUCCAAGAUGGAACAAAACAGUAACAGCGUAUCUUCCUUUAGGUGUUGACUCGAUGUAUAUUGAAGUAUUUGAUGAGAGGUCAUUUACAAUGGAUGAUCGUAUAGCCUGGGCACACAUCAGGUUUCCAGAAGCCGUCAUGAAUGGUGAGACUGUCGAUGAAUGGUUCCAUCUCAGUGGUCGACUGGGUGAUGAUAAAGAAGGCUCUAUCAACUUAGUUUUGUCCUUGUCUCAGGCUCCAAUUGAGAGCAAUAUCAUUAGUUAUUCCUACACCACUCCAGUGCCUAUGAUGAUGCCUGUCUAUUACCCAACACCAGCACCAGUUAUGCCUGGUAUGGCUCCUGUGCCUGGUAUGGCACCCAUGCCUGGUAUGGCACCCAUGCCAGGACAGAUGCCAGCUUAUCCACCUCAACCUCUUGGCCCUUUGUAUACAGAAGAAGAUUUUAAACAGGUGAAAGACAUGUUCCCCAACAUGGAAGAUGAAGUUAUCAAGUCUGUGAUGGAAGCCAACAGGGGAAAUAAAGAUGCCACCAUUAACUCUUUAUUAUCAAUGGGCACAGAGUGAUGCCUUUUGGAUGAGAAGAAUACCAAUGUUAACUGAAUUACUGACCUGACACUUUCUGUUUCAACACUUGAUGUAUUGCUGUUCUGAAUUAUGUAAAUCCAUGUAACAAUAUUAUAUGUCCAUAUUCAUACAUUGUGUGUAUAAUCAAGAAGAGAAUCCUCUUCUUAUAUUUUGACUUUGCUUAACCUAAAAACAAAAAGACAAAUAUUUUAUUUGGUAUGGCAAUGACAAAGUACAAGGUGUUUCUUGAAUCACUUCGUCCACCAUAUUUCUGAAAUAUUUUUUUGAUUUUGUGGAAUUCAUUUUGUUAUCACUGGCUCCUGGCAGUGUCUAAAUGUAGGCUAAUUUUGAUGAAAACAUUUAAAUGUUCUUAGUGAAAUUUUAAUGGCUUUUUUUUUUUUUUAGAAUUUGUCCUCAUUUAAUUUUUUUGAAUAGCCCAGCUCAAAAUUUUGUUUUUCUUGUCUUUUAAAUUUCCUAUUUGUUUUUUGUUUUUUCAGUAAUACAUUCUCAAACUUGAAUGUGUCAACAAUUAUCAAAGCACUUGCUUUUAGUGAUUCAGAUUCUGUGGUGUUUGUUUUUUAUGUUGUAAUUAUUUUUUAAUGGCAACAUUUUUAUUGUCUCUAUUUUUCUUUAUAAAACCCCCCCUCCUCUCUCAAUUCCUAUUCCACAUGUUUGUAAAACCAUUUUGGAUGCUCACAUUUUUAUUGUACAUAUAACAUUCAGUGAUGCAUAGAAAAAGAUUUAUUUCAAGUUAUUAUAUAUACACAUAUAUAACACUAAAACGUUUUCUGUGAUGGUGAAAAAAACUUAGAAAAGAAAAAUGUAUUUUUUUAAAUCAAGUUUUCUGUUUUGCUUUUUUUUUCUUGUGCUUUGCUUGGUAUGUUAUGUUGCGCUAGUGACAACUAUUUGUAUUCCUGGAUGAUCUCAUGACUUUUUAAAAAUACUAUACAAUACCAGACAUGCUGGUUGUGAAUCUAAAAUAAUUAACAUUUUAUAUUAAUUUAAAAGAGGAAAAACAAACGUUGAAAAUAUUUAGUGAAAAAAUUAAGGUAAAAUUUCAAUCGAAGGCCCCUUUUGAAGAAAGUAACCUGAGUGGCAGCGCAGUGUCUAUCCCUAGGUUUAUCUGGUCACAAGGUUACUACCGGCAGGUAGAGUUCUUCAGUUUGUCUUGAUAUGUGUGUAAAAUUAUAUAAUUCAUUCUAAAUUAGCUUUCGUAUGUCUUUUAAAAUUUUAUGGAGAAAAUGAAAUUUUAAGGCGCAACUAUUUUGAUGCUUUUUUUAUUGAUACACUAGAACAUUUGUUGUUAAAUGUUAAUAAUUUAUUUCUUUAAUUCUAUUAAUUAAGUUCUGCUUAGGAUCCCCAUAUCAUAACCAUGUUCAAAACAACCCCUGCUAAUAGUAAAAUGAUUUAGUUUGCAUUACUGCAUCAUCAUGUUGGUUUAAUCCCUUAAUAAUGAUUGGCUGGGUUGUAGUUUUUUUUUAAAGUAAUUUAGAAUAUUUUAUAGUGUACUUUAGAUGCUGUUAUUGACUUGACAGUAGUGUCUCUUUCAACUUUUCUUUUCAUGGUUAGCAAGUUAGUCAAAUGAUCUUUUAUUAUUAUGUCAAUAGUGUCUCUUACAAUAAACUUUUUUGCUACAUGCAGUUUUAAUUCCUAAAAUUUUCACUCAUCCUAGUUAUUAAAAUUAAAAUCAUGACCUAAGUCAUAAAAGACACAAAAGACUGCAGAAAAACUGUUUGAAAAUUCCCUACCAUUUAUGCAUGUUGUUUAAACCCAGGUGUUUAGUUAGUUAAAUCUAGUUAUCUCUAUGGCUACCUUUAGUGGUCAGACAAUUGUGGUUUAUCUUAUGGAGCAAAAAAUAAAGUUUGGGCUUUAGACAAAAUGAGGCAUUGGCUAUUGUAGUCACUUUUUCACCCACUUCCUCCCUUUCCAUGCAACUAUUGGGUCCAAACGAAUGGCAGUUAGCCAAUACAGUUUGAGAUCAGUAUUUUCACAGAGUCUGCCAUAGUGUACUUUGCUAGUAGCUGCCUCAGGAUCAUAGGCUCCUGAUUUUUUUCUCAGGAUUGACUCCCAAAGCCUUUCCCUUAUUUGGGUUUAGCCACUAGGCAGAGGAUGUUUCUAUUCAGUUUUUCUUGUAGGUUGGUAGCCAACCUAUAUAAAUGAGAACCUUCCUGAAGAUACUCACCAUUGUUCCUUCUGUCAUUGUUAACAGUUUUGCUCUCUAAGCCAUAUAUGGGGGCCUGGAUUCAGAUUGGUUCUGAAAAGUUGUUAUUCCAAAAGAGACAAUGGCUGUAAGAGCUCCACCACUACCUAUGUUUUCCAAUGGCAUGCAUCUCAGAUAGCAUGAGCAUUUUAUUUUUGAAUAAGUUAGCACUUUAGACCACAUGGUCUGAAAGGGGAAUUUAACUUUUUACUUUUUUAUAGAUCUAGGCCUAGAUUUGCUUGACAACUUGAUUACAUUUAUGAAAACUGCAGGUUACAUCAGAAAAACAAAAGAUCUAGACAUAGAUGAAACCAGUAUAAGUAAAUCUAAUACACUUUGCUCUAGAUAUGUAAUUGGUGUUCCACUGUCAAAUUUCUACCUACUUAACUUUUUAGAAGCAACAACAUCUGUAGAGAGCCACUUGGUGUUAAUGGCAGAUGUAUAGAUUUUAUGAGCUUUUUGUGUUGAGAUAUAUGCAAUCAUCGAGGAUGAUAUGCCACUCUUUAUAUAUACCAUUAUAAUAAUUAAAAUGUACACCUUCAAUA